UACUAAAACUUCUCAAAGCUGUCUCGGCCAUUUCACUUAAGAAAAAAGCUUCAAAGUCCGCAGCAAACGGUUUUGAUUUGUUAAGAAGUUAACGAUCAAAAACGAGUGUCUUCCGUACGAUGCUUUGUGUCGGCGCUAUUUCCAUGUUAUUGGUGUUGACCAUGAUGGACAAAGUGAAUGCCACGUUGAAUGAAAAGAGGACGACACCUUAUUCCGACAGCGAGCACCGUCUCAUUCGAGAUCUACUUCAUGGCUAUAACAAGUUCGCUCAUCCAAAAAGCUACCUCAAUGACACGGUGAACUUUACUGUCGUGUUUGGGAUCGAAAUAGUUCAACUGGUUGACGUGGAAGACAAAAAUCAGAGAAUUAUCACAAACUGCUGGGUCAGACAGAAAUGGACUAAUCUCGCUAUGCGCUGGAAUCCCAAAGACUACAAUGGCAUAAAAAGAAUAAGAAUUAGCGGCGAGAAAGUCUGGAUUCCUGACAUACUUUUGUAUAACAGCGCCGACACAAAUCAGCCCAGCGGCGGACUUUCAAAAUACCACACUCAGAUCAUCAUCGAUCACGAGGGACGCCACUCGUGGUUCACGCCGACAUCGUUCAUCAGCACGUGCAAAUUGAACGUGCGCUACUUCCCGUUCGACCGACAAGAGUGCAUCAUGAAGUUUGGCUCAUGGACCUUUCAGAUGAACGAUCUCGAUGUCGUUGGUGAUUCAAACCCCAUCGUGACCAACCAACUGCUGCGCAACGCGGAAUGGGACCUAUUGAGCGCGAAAGAGGAACGCAACGUCAACCAAUACGCUUGCUGCGCCUUCCCGUUCUCUGAUCUCACUAUAAAACUUGUAAUACGACGAAGACCGCUGUUCUAUAUCUUCAAUCUCAUGAUACCAUGUUUCAUCAUAAUAGCCAUGGUUCUCAUGGGGUUCCUUCUCCCCCCGGAAAGCGGGGAACGUACGACGCUGAGCAUCACGGUAUUGCUGGCGAUGGCCGUAUUCUUACAACUCCAAGCCGAGCAUUUGCCGAGGAAUUCCGAGCAGAUUCCACUUCUGGGGAUAUUUUAUAUCACGGUGAUGGCCGAAGUAGGUUUAUCCCUAAUGGCCACCUGCUACGUACUCAAUAUAUUCCACAAGAACCCCGGUGUACAUAUUGUUCCCAUGAGUCCAUUGGUGUCCGGGUUUUUUAUCGAAACAAUGGCGCCUUUAUUGCGACUUUCCCCUCUGACUCCCGAAUGGUCGUCGUACGACAUCGAACGUAAUCGUCCGACAACGCGACUAGACGGAUUAGCCAAUCCGAGUGCGUUGAGUGACACGCAAGUUCACCUUGUCGGAGAGACAUCGGAAAGGGUCGAGAUUACCGAGACAGUGCGUGCUUCUCCCGGGGGAAUCGGACGACCUCUUAGAAGUAUACGGCCCCGGUACUCUCCGACUAAAAGACCCCUCAGCAGUUCCGCGUCAGCAACUUUGAUCAGUGGGACAGAUUGCUCGUCCCCAGCUCCCAAAGUGGCACACUGCUGCACGGUCUUGGCAGAUAAAUUCAAAGAGAAACGAUCAAUCAGACUUGAUCAGGAAAGAUGGCGAUAUUUGGCGCUUGUUCUCGAUCGCAUCUUCUUCAUCCUCUUUGUGAUAACAAUGUUUACAUCCACAGUCCUGAUUUACUCUCAAGUCCAGUUUGAUAUUUGAGCUAGAACCUUGGAGAGGUCAAAAGGCGAGACGGUUCUUCCACUUCUACGGUUUAGAUUGAAAAAAGUCACUAACUUUGCAUGACAAAUUAUAAUUUUAUGUUGAUAUAUACUCAUUUUGUAACCUCCUUUCUCAGAGAAAACCAGGCAAAAAACCCGUAGAGAGAUUUAGCCAAUAACAGCAUGGAUGACGUCAGUGCACUAGUGCAGGGCAUUUCACCCCCAUCCGCACAUGACCCUUGUGAAGAGGUAAUCUCAUUUUAGUAUUAUUAGUCACUUUUCUGCUACCUGUUUGGCAAUAAAAACUCAUUACGUGCUCGCCGGUUCCCUUCAGAACUACCUCCGGUUCGAAUUUCGAGCGCACUCCAGUAAACUCGCGAUCAUACGCCAGUAUUAAUAAUACAAUAAUGUAACGUAAUACAAUGUAACAAAGUGUAAUACAAGUUUAAAGAGGAAAUAUCUUGAUAGCCCGUGCAUGCGUUAAAACAAUUCUCUUCUUAUCUUGAAAGCUUUAAUAAUCUGGUUCGGUCUCAACUGGUGUAAACACAUGUCCACAACUUUAUCGGCGAUUAAGCGGAAUCUGACAGAAUUACGAACUUGAUGUGUUUUGGUUUCAUAUUUGCAUGUUCCACAGGACAGA